CCUGGCCACUCGGAGGGAGCGAUGGUGAUUGACAAUAAUGGCGGCGGGUUUAUUGUGACUUGACUCCAGCAGGGGGGGUUGGGAGAGGAGAAGAGAAGGCAGAAGAAUAAUCUCCGGGCCGACAAAGCCAACAGCAUCAGGUGAAUGUUCUGCAACUGGGAUCCCCCUUUUGAAAGGAACGAGUAUAACCGCAAAGACUUGGCUUGGGCAAGGAGGCGUUUAUGCUGCUAGUUUCAUGUUAGCUUAGCUUGCUAAGUUUAACAGCUUCGCAUUCUUGAGGCGACGGGGGUCAGCUCAGCCAGCAAACAAUGUCGCCGCUUCGCUGGCUUUUCGCCUAAUUCCUCUCCCAGUUUCCAGGGGCCCGACGAAUGCGGGGAUCGUUUGGCAAGGAAGACCCGACCUCCUUGAGCAGCUAGCGCGGCUAGCUUCAAGCUUGUGUUGAUUUCGAAAACUGCCCGCCGCCUGCUUGAUCGCCAGCUCGCACAGCUAUAGCUCGCUAAACUCAACAAGACUCCUCGGGGCUUCCCCCCUUUCUUCGUUUCGUAAAUGACCACCGGCAGGAACAACCGAGCCAUGAUGGAAGGAGUCGGUGCGAGAGUGGUCCGGGGACCUGACUGGAAGUGGGGCAAGCAGGACGGCGGAGAGGGACAUGUCGGCACCGUCAGGAGUUUUGAAAGUCCCGAGGAGGUGGUGGUCGUCUGGGAUAACGGAACCGCUGCGAACUACCGUUGCUCUGGAGCCUACGACGUGAGGAUAUUAGAUAGUGCUCCUACAGGCAUCAAGCAUGACGGAACAAUGUGUGACACCUGCCGUCAGCAGCCUAUCAUUGGCAUUCGUUGGAAAUGUGCUGAGUGCACCAAUUACGACCUCUGCACAACCUGUUACCAUGGUGACAAACAUCACUUGAGACACCGCUUCUACAGGAUCACCACCCCAGGCAGUGAGAGAGUGCUUCUGGAGUCAAGGCGUAAGUCGAAGAAAAUUACUGCCAGAGGGAUCUUCACUGGCGGCAGGGUCGUGCGAGGCGUCGAUUGGCAGUGGGAAGACCAGGAUGGAGGCAACGGAAGGCGAGGAAAGGUGACUGAGAUUCAAGACUGGAGUGCAGCUAGCCCUCACAGUGCAGCGUACGUACUGUGGGACAAUGGAGCCAAGAACCUGUACCGUGUUGGUUUUGAGGGAAUGUCGGACCUGAAAUGUGUUCAGGAUGCCAAAGGAGGUUCCUUUUACAGAGAUCACUGCCCUGUGUUGGGCGAGCAGAAUGGCAACAGGAACCCCGGUGGUCUCCAGAUUGGAGACCUGGUCAACAUUGACUUGGACCUGGAGAUCGUCCAGUCGCUGCAGCAUGGCCACGGCGGCUGGACUGACGGCAUGUUUGAGACGCUCACCACCACAGGAACAGUGUGCGGCAUCGAUGAAGACCAUGACAUCGUGGUGCAGUAUCCUAGCGGCAACAGGUGGACGUUCAACCCCGCCGUGUUGACAAAAGCCAACGUAGUGCGCAGCGGAGAAGUGGCUGCUGGUGCAGAAGGAGGCACAUCCCAGUUCCUGGUGGGCGACUUGGUUCAGAUUUGCUACGACAUUGACCGCAUCAAGCUGCUACAAAAGGGUCACGGAGAGUGGGCCGAAGCUAUGCUGCCUACCCUAGGGAAGGUCGGCCGCGUACAACAGAUCUAUUCUGACAGCGACCUGAAGGUGGAAGUGUGCGGGACGUCGUGGACGUACAAUCCCGCCGCCGUCACCAAGAUCGCUCCCUCGGGGUCUGCCGUUAGCAACGCUUCAGGAGAGCGUCUCUCCCAGCUUCUGAAGAAACUGUUUGAGACUCAGGAAUCUGGCGACAUCAACGAGGAGCUGGUCAAGGCGGCAGCCAAUGGAGAUCUAGCUAAAGUGGAAGACAUUUUGAAGAGACCCGAUGUUGAUGUGAACGGGCAGUGUGCUGGACACACGGCGAUGCAGGCAGCCAGUCAGAACGGUCAUGUGGAUGUUCUCAAACUGCUACUCAAACACAAUGUUGAUCUAGAGGCAGAGGACAAAGAUGGGGAUCGGGCGGUGCACCAUGCAGCCUUUGGUGACGAGGGCUCAGUCAUUGAGGUCCUGCAGCGGGGCGGCGCCGACCUGAACGCCAGGAACAAGCGCAGACAGACACCGUUGCACAUAGCUGUCAACAAGGGACACUUACAGGUGGUCAAAACCCUGUUGGACUUUGGCUGCCACCCAAGCCUCCAGGACUCUGAGGGCGACACCCCCCUGCAUGAUGCCAUUAGCAAAAAGCGGGACGACAUGCUUUCCGUGCUGCUUGAGGCGGGCGCCGACGUCACCAUCACCAACAACAAUGGCUUCAACGCUUUGCAUCAUGCUGCUCUGCGAGGGAACCCCAGCGCAAUGCGAGUGUUGCUUUCUAAACUGCCCAGGCCUUGGAUCGUAGAUGAGAAGAAGGAUGACGGCUACACGGCGCUACAUUUGGCGGCUCUCAACAACCAUGUGGAGGUGGCGGAGCUGUUAGUUCAUCAGGGCAACGCCAGCUUGGACAUCCAGAAUGUGAACCAACAGACAGCCUUACACCUGGCAGUAGAGCGUCAGCACACUCAGAUUGUCAGACUGCUAGUGCGAGCCGAAGCCAAGCUGGAUGUGCAGGACAAGGACGGGGAUACGCCGCUCCACGAGGCACUGCGACACCACACGCUGUCCCAGUUGCGGCAACUCCAGGAUAUGCAGGACGUCAGCAAAGUGGAGCCCUGGGAGCCUUCCAAGAACACGCUAAUCAUGGGCUUAGGCACCCAGGGAGCUGAGAAGAAGAGUGCGGCAUCCAUCGCCUGCUUCCUUGCCGCCAACGGAGCAGACCUCACCAUUCGUAACAAGAAGGGGCAGUCCCCUCUGGACCUGUGUCCUGACCCGAGCCUCUGCAAAGCGUUGGCUAAAUGCCACAAAGAAAAGAGCAGCGGCCAAGUGGGCACACGCAGCCCGUCUUUAAACAGCAACAUGGAAUCCUUGGAGGAAUGCAUGGUGUGCUCGGACAUGAAGCGAGACACUCUCUUUGGACCGUGCGGACACAUCGCCACAUGUUCCCUUUGCUCGCCGCGAGUCAAGAAGUGUCUCAUCUGCAAAGAUCAGGUCCAGUCACGCACAAAGAUUGAGGAGUGUGUGGUUUGCUCUGACAAAAAGGCGGCUGUGUUGUUCCAGCCCUGCGGCCACAUGUGCGCUUGUGAGAACUGUGCGAGCCUCAUGAAGAAGUGCGUACAAUGUCGGGCUGUGGUGGAGCGCCGUACCCCCUUCGUGCUUUGUUGUGGGGGGAAAGGUAUGGAGGAUGAUGAUGAUGCCGCAGAUGAUGAUGAUGUGGAUGAUGAUGAUGAUGAUGAUGACAUUACAGGGAGCUCUAACUCUAUGGCAGGGGGAUCGCAGGAUCUUCUCCAGCCCAACAAUCUGGCACUAAGUUGGUCGAGCGGCAACAUCCCCGCCUUGCAGCGUGACAAGGACAACACCAAUGUCAACGCCGAUGUUCAGAAGCUUCAGCAGCAGCUGCAGGACAUCAAGGAGCAGACCAUGUGCCCCGUGUGUCUGGACCGGUUGAAGAACAUGAUCUUCAUGUGUGGGCACGGUACUUGCCAGCUUUGCGGCGACCGUAUGAGCGAAUGCCCCAUUUGCCGCAAAGCCAUCGAGCGCCGCAUCCUCCUCUAUUAGACUCUUUAAUGCCACUCUCCCCGAGGCCUACGAACUCACCACCAGCCACCAAAGCGUAACCCCUACAUAUAUUACUGUUUUUCACAUCAUGGAAAAAUAUCCUGCCUCUGAAACCUCUCUUCAACUUCAAGGCCAUGUCUCUUGAAUCUCACCCUGAGAAUGACUGUGCGGUGACGAUAUAAUGCAAGAGAUUGGACCGCUGUUUUUUGGUGUCAAACGUCACAGCCCCCCCCCCAACAAGCCAAGUUUUAUCUCCUUGAUUCGUCUUUAUGCAAGUGGAUUUGAAGUCAUUUUCUUCCUAAGUUUGGCAACUUUCUGUGAGUAUUUUUUAGAAGGCUGAGGAAGUUAAGAUGGCUCCUUACUACAGCAACAUCAAUUUUGUGAGGAGACAGAUAGAAUACCACUUUGUUGACUACACAUCCAUAAAUUUACACUAUUGUGCAAUGAAUGGUGCUGCCAUGCUGGUUUGCAAACAAAAACAGUCAAUUCGUCCUGGGGGGGGAGAUAGGUGCUCUUUGUCUCGUAUUACCUUUAUUUAAGUGUAUUUCCGCUCAAAAAGUCAGCAUUUAUUGAGAUAGAGUCAAAUCUAUUAGAACUCUUAGGUGGAAAUGUAGAUAAAUUAUUUUGUAUUGCUGCCCAAAAAAGGAAAAAUAGGAUUUCUAGGUGUCACUGCCUUUUUAAUAUGUAGCCUACAAAAAAAAAAUCUGCUUUCACAUUUACACUUUUUUUUUGUUUGUUUGCAUUGUGCAGACAAGCAUCUUCACUUGGUCUUUGUUGGAAGGUAAAAAAAUGUCAUCAGUGUCAAGAAUCCUCUCAUCAGUGUUUUAUUUUAGUCAGAAAGCUAUGGAUUAUUAGGAUGAAAUUUGCCUUACUUUAAUGAAAAGGCCACAAACAGAAACAAGCGUCUUAUGUUUUCAAGACUGAAACUUUUUAUUACAAUUUCAUGUUUUUUCACCGAAUAUGCCAAACAAUGGUACUUUUGUCUUUUUUUUUUUUAUCAUGUCUGUUUCAAAAAGACAAUUUUCUGCUCGAUUCAGUCCUGUCGGAAAUGUAUCCGUCGUAUCUCCUUCGGCAUGAAUGUUUGACAUACGCUGUAUGACGUGUAACCUGGAUAAACUCUUUGGUCUGCAUCGCAAACAAGUGCUUUUAAAACGAACCACGUAGAUGAAAUAAAAGUCGCCAAUGAAUAUAUUUGUUUUUCCGGCUUGUUGUAAAGGUUUGUUAACGACAUAUUUGUUGUUUUGUUUUCAAGUUGAGCUCAGAUGUGCAAAGAAGUGGAGUGGGGAGGGCGGCUAAUUAGCAUGUUGUUGCUUUUACCCCGCUGUGCGGCGUCUGCCUCGCAGAGGAGCCGGUGGGCCGCAGAUGGGGAGGUGUGGGUUAAUUGAAAAUGCUAACACCGUAAUAAUGAUUCUUCACCAUAGUGUGAUAGUUCAGCUAUGCUAAUCAAAAGAGAUGAGAGGAGUCUUGCAUCUCGUAAAUAGUGGGGGACAUCAUUACAUGCUCUCUGUGAUAAAAUGCAUAUUCCUCUACUUAUUCAUUUAGUUCAACACCACUGUAAGAAUUAGAACACAACUACCAUGAAUGAACAACUAGUAUUAGUUUUUUUGUUUCCGUUGGGCGUUAAUGGAACAUUAUGAAGUUGUUCAACCAAAAUUAUCAUUUGAAUGUGAACAUAUACACUGGGGCAAAUAAGUAUUUAGUCAACCACUAAUUGUGCAAGUUUUCCCACUUGAAAAUAUUAGAGAGGCCUGUAAUUGUCAACAUGGGUAAACCUCAACCAUGAGAGACAGAAUGUGGGGGGGAAAAAAAAAAAAAAAAAAGGAAAUCUAGGGCUGUCAAACGAUUAAAAUUGGAAAGAUAAGAGACAAGAUGGAUAUAUACAUUCAACAUGCGGUACAUAAGGACUAUAUUUGUUUAUUAUAACAAUAAAUCAACAAGAUGGCAUUAAUAUUAUUAACAUUCUGUUAAAGCGAUCCAUGGAUAGAAAGACUUGUAGUUCUUAAAAGAUAAAUGUUAGUACAAGUUAUAGAAAUUUUGUAUUAAAACCCCUCUUAAUGUUUUCAUUUUAAUAAAAUUUGUAAAAUUUUCAAUCAAAAAAUAAAUGUCAAUAAUUACUUACACAAUGUUCAUGGGUGCUGAAGCCUAUAAAAUUAGUCACACCCAAGCGCCAGCAGAGGGCCGCAAAACUCCAUAAAACACAACAAGUGGGAAGUUCACUGUACUGUCAUUUAAAUCUGUCUGAGCGGGGCAUGUGCGUUAAUUGCGUCAAAUAUUUUAACGUGAUUAAUUUAAAAAUUUAAUUACCGGCGGUUAAAGCGAUAAUUUUGACAGCCCUAAGGAAAUCACAUUGUUUGAUUUUUAAAGAAUUUAUUUGCAAAUCAUGGUGGAAAAUAAGUAUUUGGUCAAUACCAAACGUUCAUCUCAAUACUUUGUUAUGUACCCUUUAUUGGCAAUAACGGAGGCCAAACGUUUUCUGUAACUCUUCACAAGCUUUUCACUCACUGUAAUACCGGUAAUUGCUCCCACAUUUGAUUUCUUUACACCAAGCGUUUUACCUAUUGCAAAUUCAGUCUUCCCAACCUGGUGCAGGUCGACAAUUUUGUCUCUGGUGUCCUUCGAAAGCUCUUUGGUCCUGGCCAUAGUGGAGUUUGGAGUGUGACUGACUGAGGUUGUGGACAGGUGUCUUUAAUACCGAUAAUGAGUUAAAACAGGUGCCAUUAAUACAGGUAACGAGUGGAGCCUCGUUAGAAGAAGUUAGACCUCUUUGACAGCCAGAAAUCUUGCUUGUUUGUAGGUGACCAAAUACUUAUUUUACUCUCUAAUUUGGAAAUAAAUUCUUUAAAAAUCAAACAAUGUGAUUUUCUGUUUUUUUCCCACAUUCUGUCUCUCAUGGUUGAGGUUUACCCAUGUUGACAAUUACAGGCCUCUCUAAUCUUUUCAAGUAGUAGAACUUGCACAAAUGGUGGUUAGCUACCGGUAAAUACUUAUUUGCCCCACUGUAACUUCCCCUAUAAAAUAAAGACCAUUGAAUAUAGCUAUUUAAAUGUUGUUUAUAAAAGUUGUAAAGCAAUAACACAAACAACAAAAAUGAAGAAAUGAACAAGAAUCCUUUGAAGUAUUUUUUAAUGUGUCCAAAUUAUUUUUCGAACAGAUCAUGGGACUAUAGCACCUUAGAGACGGUCGUUUGCUUUGCUCAGCCAAAACUACAACUGAGGAGGCAAGAUGGAUCAUUAGAAUUUCUUUAAACCGAAGCUUUUAAAAGCUUCAACAACAACUGAGCUUGAACUGGAAAGUGAGCACGAGCAGUAUCAAAAAGUACUGGUUGUCACAUUACCUGUAGCCUUUGUUUCGAGUUUUGUCGUGUUGUGCUGUAAUUCCAAGUGGUUCCUUGAAUUGGAUGUUUUCAGCAGUCGACAGUCUUUUAGAGCCAGCGCAAUGUUCGCAAUGCACUGAGAUAUUUUUGUCGUAUUUACUGGACAAAAAUGUUAAGUAAUGGCUGUAUUUCCAGUGAGCAAUUGCAACAGUUUGUGGUAUAUCUCCUGACUUUAUUGUUCGCAUCCUGACGAGGGAGCUAGGCUAUGUUGUGAUGGCUGGAGACACUCAGCGCCAGCGCACAAACAGCAUGGUAAUACACGUGACCCGUUAUUUUUCCUCUUCCGAUUAGAAAACGUGACGUGAUGUCACUCCCAUGACUACAGUAUUUUUCAUUCUACUUAGAUUAUGAGGCAAUAACAAAAUAGUAACGCACAGGCACUAAGGAAAGUAACUUUAAUCAGAUUACUGGUUUAGAAAAAUGAACGCUUUAGAUUGCCCGUUCCUGAAAGAAAGUAAUCAGAUUACAGUGACGUGUUACUUGGUAACGCGUUACUCCUGUUGGGAGUUAAUGGAACAUUAUGAAGAAGUUGUUUAACCAAAAUUAUCAUUUGAAUGCGAAAAUAUAAUUAAUCCAGAGCCCCUAAAGGGACAUCAACAGAAAAUAAAUCUAAGCAAUCUAGUGCACACCGGAUACCAUUUGGUGCGCACUAGAAACAAUCUGGUGUGCACCAGAUUGUUUGUACUGCGUUCCGAAACAAUGUAAUGGUGACGAUAUGCAAGUUAUGCAGUAAUAUCUUUAUAGUUGAGUCCAAGCUUGAAGUAAAACUCAACUAAAUCCUGCAAUAUCAUUUUUAACAUUCUUAAACUGCUGGUGUCAGAUGCGCGCCUGCAGUUCGUGACCUAUAAAAGGGAACUUUCACCAGUUUCAAUUGAGCACCACAUACUAUUACUAUACUAAAAUUAAUUAUUAAAGAAAAAAAGUGGAUAUUUUUUCAAUAAGAAAUUUUCAGUUUUACAUUCCUUGGUGAAUAGAGUGAAAUUACCCAUUCUUGUUGAAAAUGGUAAAAUUGUCAAGAACUAACUGAAAUGAAGUCUCCGUAAUACAGCACUGCAUGAUGAUGUGGGGUUGUUUUUAAAUCUGAAAACCAUGAUUAGCAAUUUGUUCAAUGCACACUCAAUCUUAGGUUGAUGGUACCACUGCCCAAAGUGAACAGCAUUGUUAAAUGCCAAUACAGUAUAUCGUGAUGCAAAAAAUAGUAUUUUAACUGAUAAAUUUAAAGUGUGUAUGGAGGGGUUAGAAAACCACAUGAUUGUUUCUUGAUUGGAAUUAAGGUUUUAAUCAGUUUUGUAUCACUCUUGAAUUGAAAAAAGACAAUGUUUGAAGUAUUCAUGAAUUGUCCCAUUGGGACAUAAAAAGGUGAAACUCACUUUGCAAUUCAUUAUUUCUGUUCAAAAUAUGAGUAGAGUUAAAGGGGAAGUUCAGGAUUUUUCACAUUAGGCUUAAUCUUCGAGUUAGCGAGGGUUUACUUAGUCGGUGGAGUUGAUUUCAACAAAUUCCGUGUAAUUUGUUAGUUGUUUCAAAGCUCCGGAGUGGCUAAGCUAGCGCUAGUCAAUUGGGCCAUCUUAGCAUGCCAAUAAAAUACAACAUAUGCACACAUGUAAAUCAUCGAUGAUCCAUGCAAUCAAUAGUGUUGGCUGUGUUUUCAGGAUAAAGUUGUUAAAACUUACAAAUGCAUGUCAAUAAUUGUAGUAUGAACAGCAACAUUUGUAAUCCAGCAGAGUAGCAGGGCGGAUUGAUAUCACAUCGUUUUUUUUCACUGCUCAUUUUUUAUGUCGUAGCCAGCAGCAAGUAACCAGUUUAUAUUGUUCCUCGUUCUUCAUAGGGAAUUUAUGGACACUUUCCUUUGCCAAUUUCUUUUGUUUCCACAGCUUCUAAAUGCACAUUUCACCAUGUUGCCAGCCUUCGAGGAAGGUGGGAAGUCAGAGUUUCCAACCUCCGAUCUGGAAAAAUAUCAUUUGAACUAGAGAUGCCGAUCGAUUGGUUCCGAUCACGUCAUUUUCAAAGUACCGGAAUCGGCAAAAAAAUAUCGGACAUGCCUUCUUUUAAUAUAUAUAUAUUUUUCAAUUAAAUCGUUUUCUAAUUGUAUUUAACGUUAGAGACAUAAUAUGUUACACUCAUCCAGAGUCUUUAGGCUUAAGGUAGGGUUAUCAAAUUUAUCCCGUUAACGGCGUUUUUUUUUUUUUUUUAAUUUAUCACGUUAAAAUAUUUAACGCAUUGCCUGCAUGACCCACUCACGCAUUGUCGCGUUCAAUCUGUAAUGGCGCAGUUUUACCUACAGUGGGGAGAACAAGUAUUUGAUACACUGCCAACUGUAUAUAUAGAGCUAAAAGGCAGUGUAAAAUGAGUAGAUUGAAUUUUUGGAGCCUUUUUUUAAAUGGCUAAAGCCUUACAAUCCCUCUCCCUACGAUUAGAAAUAUCGUGGGAAGCAAUGUGGGGAAGAAUGGUAGUAAUUGAUCUUUUUCUUAACACCCUAUGUUAUUUCCCAACGCGGAGAAGAUAUAUCAAUUGGUUCCACUAUGCACAGUCAUGGUUGCACUUCCCAUCAUGCAUUUGUGCAGAACAGUUAAAUGGCUACAGUAUCAUUUACUGAAAGCUCAACAAAUACACUAGAUGGCAAUAUUUAGUCACAAUAUACAAAGUCACAUUUAUCCUUUAAGAAUUACAAGUCUUUCUAUACAUGGAUCCCUGUCACAGAAAGAAUCUUAAUAAUGUAAAUGCCAUCUUGAGGAUUUAUUGUCAUAAUAAACAAAUACAGUACUUAUGUACUGUAUGUUGAAUGUACUGUAUAUAUUCGUCCGAGUUUUAUUCAUUUUUUUCUUAAUGCAUUGCCAAAAUGUAUAUGAUCGGGAAAAAUUAUCGGGAAUGAUUGGAAUUGAAUCGGGAGCAAAAAAAAGCAAUCUGAUCGGGAAAUAUCGGGAUCGGCAGAUACUCAAAACGAUCGGGAUCGGACCGAGAGCAAAAAAACAUGAUCGAAACAACCCUAAUUUGAACUCCUCCACUAUUUGAUCGCUUACGAGAAGGCAGGGUUGCUGGAGGUCAAAAUGUCUUUCGAUGGCCAAAAUUUAAAAAAAAAAAUUGUCGCAAUCAGCUAUCUUUGCUGUUUAUAUUGGCUUGGAACGCUUUGAGGUCGCAACUGGUACCCCUCCGUAUGGGAUAGGUCCGACUUCCUACCUUUCUAGAAUGUAGCGUGAGCAUGAAUGAUCGAAACACUCCUCUCAAUUGUGGUCGUAUUUCGCAUCUAAAAAAAAUAGUCCUGCAGAAUGAAAUGAAUUACAGCACUUUGGUGUUACAUUGUUUUGGAACAAUGUAUUUUGAAUUUAUUUGACUUUGUUGGAUCUGUUCGUAGAUCUGUAUCAUUUUUUAUUGGCAUGCUAAGUUGGCCUAAUUUACUCACGCUAGCUUAGCACUGAAACUAACAAAUAAUUUGCAAACUGCAUGGAAUUUGUUGAAAUCAACUCCACCAACUAAUUAAACCCCCGCUAACUUAAAGAUUACUGUA